UGUGUGCCUCUACGUGUUUCCGGCCAGCAGCGCGUGGAACUUCCGGUCCGGUGUCUAUUGUGUUCUGUGUGAUCAAGCUGCAGAGGGAGAUCUGUGUCCGGGUUCGGUAGAGCAUUCAAGACGAUCCGUGCUUUGUUCUGUGUGCGUCUGUUUUCUGUCACCGCCAGAAUGCCAAAACGUGGGAAGAAGGAGGAUGUCAAGAGUGAAGCUGUGCAGGAUGAGGAACCUGAGAACAAGAAGGGGAAGAAGGGAGGAGCAAAGGAUGCAGAACCUGUUCCGGUGUACGAGGAUGCUCCUGAUAAUUUGACUUCUGAUGAUGACAAGAAGUACACAUGGAAGAUAAGCUCAUGGAAUGUUGAUGGCAUCAGAGCAUGGGUCAAAAAAGAAGGUGUAAAUUGGGUACGGGAGGAGGAUCCUGAUGUCCUGUGUCUGCAGGAGACAAAGUGUGCAGAAAAAUCCCUUCCUGCAGACAUUAAAGACAUGCCUGAGUACCCUCACAAGUACUGGGCUUGUUCUAAUGAAAAGGAAGGCUAUAGUGGAGUGGCAAUGCUGUGCAAGAAGAAGCCUGUAAAUGUCUCCUAUGGCAUUGGAAUUGAAGAGCAUGAUAAGGAAGGCCGUGUGAUUACUGCAGAGUAUGAAUCCUUUUACUUGGUAACUGCUUAUGUUCCCAAUUCCAGUCGCGGCCUGGUACGUCUAGAUUACCGUCAACGCUGGGAUGUAGACUUUCGUGCUUACUUGAAAGAUUUGGACAGCAAAAAGCCACUUAUUUUGUGCGGUGACUUAAAUGUUGCUCACCUGGAGAUUGAUCUAAAAAAUCCCAAAACUAACAAGAAGACCCCUGGAUUCACCCCACAGGAACGAGAGGGAUUUGGAGCUCUGUUGGCUGAAGGCUUCCUGGACAGCUUCCGUGAGCUGUAUCCCGACAAGCCAUAUGCCUACACCUUCUGGACCUACAUGAUGAAUGCUCGGGGCAAGAAUGUUGGCUGGAGAUUGGAUUAUUUUGUCCUGUCAAAAGCCUUGCGGCCAUCCUUGUGUGAUAGCAAGAUCAGGAGCAAAGCUCUUGGGAGUGACCACUGUCCUAUAACCCUUUAUAUUGCUAUAUAAAGGAAAUAAGUGGUUACUACCUGAAUUCAGUAUAUGGUCAUUUACCUAGUACUAUGGCCAUUUAAAUGUGACAUAACAUGGCCCUAGCACCAGAUAAUUGUCUGUUAUACAUGGUUAUAGAAAUGUAGUUUCUCAGUUAAACGUGUGCUCGAAGAAUAAGUGUUUCUCCUAGAUACACCAACAUAAAGCAUGA